AUGGCAGAAAUGCGAUGCCUCCUACUUCUCAUCCUCCUCCUCCAUCUCUCACCCUACGCCCUUCUCCUCUGUCUGGCUUCAAGUCAGUCCUCCGUCGGCUUCGAAACACCGCUUCCCACUCUACCACUGUACACAUCCCCACUGCCACCAAGCAUCAGCCAACUCUCCAAGUGGGACUGCCACGGGCUGCAUCGCACCACUGCGUGCACAUUUCCGUAA